AGUUUAAAGAUGAAACCAGAUGUUGUUUUGAGACAUCUGUCCAUUGCGGUGGCAGCUAAUGACCAGAGUUACAUGCCACAGCAAGUUACAGUGGCAGUGGGAAGGAAUGCCAGCAGUCUUCAGGAGGUCCGAGAUGUUCACAUUCCAAGCAAUAUCACUGGCUACGUAACACUGUUGGAAAACGCUAACAUUAGUCAGAUGUAUGUACAGAUAAACAUCAAGCGUUGCCUUAGUGAUGGAUGUGACACUAGAAUCCAUGGACUCAGGGCCGUGGGCUAUCAAAGAGUCAAGAAGGUGGGAGUCUCUGUAUGCGAUGCUUCGGCUAUCUGGUACUGGUCUCUGCUGACCUCUCUGGUAACAGCUUCCAUGGAAACAAAUCCAGCAUUCGUUCACACUAUUUUACAAAAUACUCAGAAAGCACUACAACAUAUGCCACCUCUAUCACUCACACCAGGCUCUACAGAUUUUUCAAGCUUCUUGUCUCCAAAUGUUUUGGAAGAAGUAGAUAGUUUCCUUAUAAGAAUAACAAGUUGUUGUACUACUCCAGAGGUUGAACUUACACUCUUGGCCUUUGCCUUAGCCAGGGGGAGUGUUGCUAAAGUGCUAAGUUCCCUUUGUACAAUCACUGAUCAUCUGGACACACCAUACAAGGCUUCAUCGCUUAUCACUUCCAUGGCAACAGUCAGACAGAACCUGCUGUAUAAAUACGGAAAACCUUUACGACUAACUCUGCAAGCAUGUGAUGUAAAGGGAAAAGAAGAUAAAUCAGGGCCUGAAAACCUCCUGGUAGAGCCGUGGACUGGGGAUGGUUUUCUUACUGAAACUGGGAAAACCGGAGCAAGUAUUAUUCUUUCUACUGGAACUGAAUCUUCAUUUCAAGUGACACAAAUUAGAAUAAAGGUCCGAAGAGGUGCCAUUGGGGCCCAGUGUGGACUGGUGUUUGCUUAUAAUACUACUUCAGAAAAGUUCCACGCAGAGGAACACUUCAAAAGAUUUGAAAGCUAUGACAAAUGGAAGCUGCGGGAAUUCAAACAAUUUUUAAAAAACAGAAGUAGUUCUUCAUGUGAUGAUUUGGGAGAUGAUGAUCCUAUUGGCUGGUUUGAAGUGGAAGAAGAAUGGGAUGAAGUUGAUGUCAAAAUGCAACAAUGCAGAAUUUCUCAGUACUUGAUGAUAAAAUUCUUGUGCACAAGACAAGACACAGCAGAAAGACUCGGAGUUCAAGGCCUGAAUGUUCUUGGGUAUCUUCGGCCUAUGCGAGACGAGCCCAAUAGGAGCAUGAACUGCUUGCAGUGCAAGAAAACUGAUGACGAUACAGUUUGUGGCACAACUCUUCUCCUGAAGACGCUUCAUUUCAUCCAGCAGCUGGCACAGGACCUGGUUCAACAGAAGGAGAGUGGAUUAAAAUACAAGUCAUUCUUAGAUUUCACAGGCCUUGAUUUGCAGCUGUUCUGGAAUUUUUACAAUAAACUUCACCAAAACCCAAGGGAAGAAUGUAUCUUUGCUCAAACACUGCUAUUGCAGCUUCUCCAGAGCUGCUUCUCUGUACUUACUGGAGACAAUAAAACUGCUAAACCUCAAGAAAGUUCUCAGAGCAAAACAUCUGGUCACACAGAAGCUGCAAAAGAGCUUUAUAGACAUUUGUGUGAAGUGGUGGAUAUGGGGGACAGUAACUUCAUACCAAUGAAAAUGCUGAAAGAGGAAGUUAAGAACACCUUACUCACUGGAGCAGCAAUCUUUUUCCCAGAUAGACAGACCAGGCGACACCAGCUCUUCACCAUGAUGAAAAACAUCACAGAGCAAGAACAUAAGCAAUCUGUACAUCUUGCCUUCAGAUCCUUGUGUACCCACUUCAGUGAUCAGGAUCCAGGUGGACUCCUGUUAUUACCAGAGAAAGGAGUUUCUGCAAAUUUUGACAUAAGUGAAGUGCUAUCAGUCAUGGAUACCCUUCUGCUAGUGGCAGCAAGAGAGUGUGAAAUGAUGAUGCUGGAUGUUGCACAGCAAGAGAGUGGCACAGUCUUGUCUUCCUUAUUCUGGUCUGUUCAAGGUAGCCUCCUUUCGUGGUGCUACCUGCAACUUAAGGGUAGCGAUAAUUCAGCCAAGGAUCUUGCAGUAGAAAUACUUAAAAACUAUGUGGGCCAGUUCCUGUCAAAUACCAGAACGAUUUUGCAGUCACUUUUAUCUCAAUAUAGUGGCAAAACAAUAGUAGAAAAAAUAAGUAACUCUGUCUUUGCUAUGGCAACUCGUCAGCUGGUCAUCUUCUUGUUGGAUUUUUGCACUUUAGACAUUCCAUACUGUAUUCUGCUACAGGGAUUCAGCACUUUGAUAGAACCACUGAAAAGCCUUUGCAGUGAGCCUCAUAAG